CUAAAUAUCUCACAGACCCAUCUCAGGAACACUCCAAAUUAGAUCUUCUUUGUCUUAUUAACGCUCAUAAUCGAGAUUCUUUCCGCGCGCUCCUCUCAUUUCUCCCUCUCUCUUUCUCUCUCUCGCUCUACUAGCGAAUCAAUUGUCGUUGUGUCUGUCAGAAAUCUGAGCUUACCGCGAUGACAAUGGUGGGUAAGCCCCCAUUGGCUUCCAAUAGGGCAAGAGAUCCUUUUCGACGAGACCCAUUUGUGUUCUCCUCGGCUUCAAUUCCUUCGAAGCCCAUUUCCCUCUUUUUCCCUCUCAAUAACCCAAAUCCGCAGAAUUUCUUUUGUUUGAAGCAGGCGCUGCCAUUCAGUUCGCGAUUAACCUUGCCGCACCGCCGUCUUUCUCCGGUCUCCGCCUCGGAAUCCGACGUCCCUCAAUCACAUCACCAGGGAUCUGAGACCUUAAGGGACAGCAAAAGGCUUGAGGAAUGGAGUUCAUUGACAGCAAAGUUCUCUGCAGCAGCAAAUAUCCCUUUUAUGUUGCUACAAUUGCCUCAGAUUAUCCUUAACGCCCGAAACCUUUUAUCUGGAAACGAAACCGCGCUUUUGGCAGUUCCAUGGCUGGGGAUGUUAACUGGUUUGCUUGGGAACCUUGCAUUGUUGUCAUACUUUGCGAAGAAGAGGGAGAAGGAGGCCAUGUUAAUUCAAACAUUAGGAGUAGUUACAACAUAUAUAGUUUUUGCUCAGCUUGCAAUAGCAGGGGCCAUGCCCUUGCCUUACUUUGCAGCCACGUCGGCGGUCGUGGCUUCUGGUCUUGUUAUAAACUUCAUGAGUUUCCUUAAUGUUCUUCCUGUUCUAAUCUUGAAAUUUUGGGAAGAUUUCAUCACUAUUGGUGGAUUUUCUGUCCUACCCCAGGUUAUGUGGUCUACUUUUGUUCCGUUCAUACCGAAUAGUAUCUUGCCUGGAAUCAUUGCUUUGGUUGCUGCACUUCUUGCGGUUGCUUUGGCACGCACUGGAAAACUUCCUGAAAAAGGUGUAAAAUUUGUUGGAGCAUUAUCUGGAUGGACAGCAACACUCCUCUUCAUGUGGAUGCCGGUUUCACAAUUGUGGACUAAUUAUCUAAAUCCUGAGAACAUCAAAGGCUUAUCAGCUCUUACAAUGCUUCUUGCCCUGAUUGGAAAUGGUCUUACGCUCCCACGUGCUCUAUUCAUUCGAGACUUCAUGUGGUUCUUGGGUUCGGGUUGGGCUGUUUUGUUUUACGGAUACGCCAACAUUGUAUGCUUGUACUGCUGCAGCGGCGUGAGCAGGGAGUUCUUCAUUGUUGCAACUGCUGGUCUUUUCUCCUGGAUAGGUUUUUUCAUCUGGAGAGACUCUGAGGCAUAUGGAUUCCGCUCACCUUUAAUGUCUAUUAAAGAGCUACUUUUUGGAUCAUGACUGCCUUGUUCGAGCUUGAAGAGAGCGAGCGAGAUUUCAAGGUUCGAGACAAAUGCAAUUUAAAAUCAAAACUGAACCGAAGGGCUUUGUUUGAUGGCUGCAAACAGUGGUUUGAAUAUAGCUCAAGCAGGAACAGUGUUGUGAAGAGGGAAAAAAGUAAUCUCCGUAGGCUAUGGAGAGAGCCAAGUUAUUUUUUUUGUACAUAUUAUGCUUUGAAAAAAAUAUGCAAAGCUUUCUUGUAUAUUAUGACUGAAAUAUGUUGACCUAAUAAAAUCAUUCUUUAUUGUCA